AUGUCCACAACAUCAACAGCCGGAACAAAGACGAUACUAACGACGCCGACAGAUCCAAGAGACCGCUACGUAGGAAUAUGGAAAUUGGUUCCUCGCGUUGCUCCCUGGUUCAUGUUGGGUGGCGUCACCACCAUUCGUUACAAUGCGGAUGGAGAUUUGAUUUUACACACAGAAAUUGAGGUGGGGAUCCAAUGGUUGGGGAUCAAAAAGAUGAUGGAUAGUGGCUUUGCCCGAGUGGAUGAGAAAGGUCACUUUCGAUGUAUACAUACCAAGGAUCAUCUGGAAUUUCAGAUUCAUCUGGACAAUGAGAACAAGGCGGACAUGAAGGAGUAUAUUGGAAAUAAGGUCACGAGGCACUUGCAAUGGAUCCGAGAGUCCUGA